GGGAUUUCUGUGGCGUCAACCAAUGAGAAACGAAUCAUCCGGUCUCCAGGUGUAGUAAGGGAGACAGCGGAGGGUGGCAGGCCGCUGUGCCCUCUGAAUGUGGGGCUCUGUGUCCCUGAGCGGGAGACCGGGUGGCCCUACAGUCUGAGGACAAGGAGGGGGAGGCGGCGGCGGUGGUGGUGUGAUGGCGGAGGGGGGGCCCCAGUGGCGCCCGGUGAACGUGUCCCAGGCUGAGGCGAAGCGGCUGUUGUGCCCCGAUGGUAGCGGUUGGAUCUGGCAGUUGUUGGAGCAGUGUGUGGAGAACAGCUGGGAGUACUGGAGUGUCAUCAUCGGACUGGUGUCCAUCGUCUGCUUCCUCUUCGCCGCAUUACCCCAGCUAUAUGUCUCAUACAAGAAUGGAAAAGUUGACCAAGCACUUUCCCUAGGCUUUCUGUUAUGUUGGUUGGGAGGGGACUUUACAAACCUUGUAGGCUGCUAUCUGACCAAACAACUGCCAAUACAGAUUGUCACUGCCAUUUUUUAUGUCAACAUGGAUCUCAUAAUGAUUUCACAGUUUGCCUACUACAAAUUAAAAAACAAGAGCAUGAAAGGUAGCGGAAGCCUUAAAGGAAUUUGCAUAGCUUGGGUCAUCGCAUGUGCUACAUUGUCUGUAAUACUCCCUAGUCAGCUGCUUCUGAGGCGCUUGGAGAUGACUGCAGAUCUAGAAGUAGAUCAGAAAACACUUGGCAUUACCGAAAUGUCUGGCUUCAUUUGUGGAUAUGUUUCCUCCAUGUUUUAUUUGGGUUCUCGUUUUCCCCAACUCUAUAAAAAUUUCCACAGAAAAUCUACAGAGGGAACUUCCUAUAUGUUGUUUGUAUUGGCAAUGAUUGGAAACUUCACAUACGGAUUGAGUCUUGUUUUGAAGUUACCCGCUGUUCGACACCAUAAGAACACGUAUAUUAUGCACCAUUUGCCUUGGCUGAUUGGCAGCUUUGGUGUCCUUGUCCUGGACUUUUUUAUGACUACACAGUUCAUUGUUUAUCGAAAGCACAAGACAAGACGUACCAACUUGUUGGCCCUGGAAGUAGAACCUUUGCUUGUAGAUGAAGAGGAGACCUAAAAGCUCUCGCCAGCUUGUGUAUCUCCAUCUAUGUUUUUGUUUACAUUUAUUUCCCAUGUUAAUAAACCUUUUUAGAUUAUUCAGAUGUCA